UACCGUUUCACUGGUGGGUGCACGUUUAUGCCGAUGCAGGCAGGCAAGUGUUCCGAUAUAUCUCGUGUUUUGCGGUUGCAGUUUCCCCGUGGUCGCGGUAAAACCGAGCGGAUACGUAACCGCGCCGACCCACGUGGCUGCUGCGAAGUGUCGAUACCGCCUCGUAAGCCUGCAAAUUUGAAAGCGUCUGUGCCUCUGUUAAGUCACGCUGAGUAUAUAUACAUGCGAACGCUUUCCGCAGCAACUGCAGUUAUACAAGCGAGCAGAACGUCAAUGUGAUCCUAAGGUAAAUAUUAGACUUGGCCGUCUUGUCGAACCUGCAGGCUUACAGAACUUGCAGAACCUGUGCGUGCUCAGUUGGACUGAAUACUCACCUGUACAAUUCCGGCUACAAAUUAAGUGAUCGUCGGGGAUUCGGAAGGGGAGGGCUAGAGCCAUGACGAGGUACGUAUUAAGCCUCCUCUUCAUCGUGCCGUGUGCCUGGGAAACCACUGUCGCGGAAGUUGCGACUACGUGCGACCCCAGAGUGUGCAGCUUGCGCGACAACUGCUUCUGUUUGGGCACGCGACCGCCGACGAAUCUGAGCGCCAGCAGCAUGCCCCAGUUCGUCAUGCUGACGUUCGACGACGCGGUCAACGAGCAGAACAUGGACUUCUACCGCCAGCUGCUCGGCCCGGGAAGGCGCCGGAAUCGGGCCAACGGCUGCAACUUGGCCGCCACGUUCUUCGUGUCGGCCGGCUACACCGACUUCUCGCUCGUGCACGAGCUGCACAGCGUGGGCAGCGAGAUCGCGAUCCACUCGAUCACGCACCGCAACAACCUGAGCUACUGGCGCACGCUGGACGUCGCCGGCUGGGAGGUGGAGUUCGUGGGCGACCGCGACCUGCUGCGCGACUACGCGUUGAUUCCCGAACGGGACAUGGUGGGAGCGCGGGCGCCCUACCUGGAGGCGGGCAACGGAGAAGCGUACCGCAUGUUGCGGCAGAACGGAUUCGUCUACGACUCUUCUGUCUGCAUCGACUACAUGAACAAGACCGACAAGCUUCCCUUCUUCCCCUACACGCUGGACUACGGCCUGACGAUGCAAUGCACGGUGCCGUCGUGUCCCAGCGGUAGCCACCCGGGCCUGUGGCUGGUGCCGCUCAACAGUUUCUAUCGGACCAUCCAGCACGGCGACGGAUCGCGCGCGUUCGGCAGCAGCUGCGCCAUGCCCGACACUUGCACUCCGCAGCCGACCAAGGAAGACGACACGCUGGAUUUCCUCAGGUCAAAUUUCGAACGGUACUACCACACCAACAGAGCUCCGUUCCCGGUGUUCAUCCACGAAACCUGGCUGUGGAAUCAGGGGCGCCGGCAGGGUUACCUUUCCUUCGUCGACUGGCUCCUCACCAUGGACGACGUGUUCGUCGUCACCGUGGCCGAAGUGGUGCGGUUUAUGCGGGACCCCAAACCCCUCGGCCAGUACGCGCAGACCGGUUGCUCGAGGGCCUCGGAGUUCCGGCGUUGUCCGCGAGUCCACUCGUGCUCGUUUCCCGAAGCGCCGAUCGAUGAAACUCGGCAGCUCGUCGGCUGCAAACCGUGUCCCGAAAGUUACCCGUGGUUGCGGGACGUCGUGCGAAGAAAAGCGGAAGACGACGACGGCACGCGGGUGGUCCGGAAGCAGCAGUACUUUGGCUCCGGCUGCGUUCUUGUCUUCUGCUCGGCGCUCGUCGUCUGUCUCUACGUUGCUGCGAGACGGUUAGGGCGUCGCAAGACUCACUGCUUUUAGCAAAUCGACCUUUCCUGCUUUGCCGUCGGAUUUCUUGUUUCCGCCCGAUGCACAGAAUUGUGUAUCCGUCGACGGUAAUAAAUUUGAGACCGUCA